AUGUAUACAGCUCGCUUGCUAAUAAUAACUUUAUGUUGUUUAUGCUUGCCCCUGGCCACAGCCAAGAAUGACUUUGAGCUGCAGUUUGAGAACUUUACAUGCAUCACUAAUGAGCAAGAAAAUAUUUUCGAGCGUCUGCACUGUGGGCUCAACAAAAAUGUUAAACGACGCACCAUGCACAUGGAAUUUUCGCUGCUCCAACCACUGCGCAAGCAUGAAUUUCAUAUUGCAAUUAUAAUGCCGCGACCCACUGUCAAUUUUGUGCUACUGAAUCUCAGCAUGGAUGGCUGUCAGUUUUUGGGAAAUAAAAAUCAAGUGCCCCUGUUGCGCAUAUCGCGCAGCAUUCUCGAUAGCUACAGCAACUUUCCCAGACAGUGUCCCUUGGAGUUGGGCAAAGCGUAUUACAUACGCGCAUUUCGACUGGAUUUAAAUCUAAUACCCGCGGUCACUAUGGAAACUCCCGUCCAGAUGCAAUUUAGCUACCAGCGACGACAAUUGAAGCUAAUGCAAGGUUUCAUAACCGCGCGUGUUCAACGCACCAGCAAUGCCAAGAAAAAAGAUGCUUGA